AUGAUGUGGGCCUUUGUUGUGUGUGCCAUGGUGGCACUGUCCGAGUGCCUCGUCCAGAUCCCUCUGGAGAAGGGGAAGUCAGCUAGGGAGACCCUGCAGGAGCAGGGUAUAUGGGAGGAGUACAGACUCAAGUUCCCGUACAACCCUAUGGCCAAGUUUGACGGGCGCUUUGCAGUGGGCAACGAGGCCAUGACCAACGACGCUGAUAUGGCUUACUUCGGAAUCAUCUCCAUUGGAACUCCCCCUCAGUCCUUCAAAGUCAUCUUUGACACCGGCUCCUCCAACCUGUGGGUGCCCUCCAUCUACUGCAGCAGUCAAGCCUGCCAAAACCAUGACAAGUUUAACCCUGGCACCAGCAGCACCUACAGAAACAACGGCGGCUCUCUCAGGAUCCAAUAUGGCACAGGCAGCAUGACUGGUUUGCUUGGAUACGACACUGUGACGGUGGGUGGAAUCGCUGUGAAGAACCAGAUCUUCGGCUUGAGCGAGACCGAGGCUCCCUUCAUGAAGUACAUGCAGGCUGAUGGCAUCCUGGGCCUGGCAUACCCAGCCCUGUCUGCGUCCGGUGCCACACCCGUCUUCGACAACAUGAUGAGGGAGGGUCUGGUCAACCAGGACCUCUUCUCCGUGUACCUGAGCUCUGACGCUCAGCAAGGCAGUGUGGUGAGCUUCGGGGGUAUCGACCCCAACCACUACUCUGGCUCCAUCUCCUGGAUCCCCCUCUCUAGAGACCUGUACUGGCAGAUCACAGUGGACAGUGUUACUGUCAAUGGUCAGGUUGUGGCUUGCAACGGCGGUUGCCAGGCUAUCGUGGACACUGGCACUUCUCUGAUCGUUGGACCUCAGAGCAGCAUCGGCAGCAUCAACAGCAGGUUGGGAGUUACCAGCCAGAACGGAGACUACAUGGUCAACUGUAACAACAUUGCCCAAAUGCCAGAUGUGACCUUCCACAUCCACGGACAGGAAUUCACCAUCCCAGCCUCUGCCUACGUUCUUAAUUCUCGGCAAUAUGGCUGCCGUACUGGCUUCAGCGGCGGUGGAGACAGCCUGUGGAUCCUGGGUGAUGUCUUCAUCAGACAGUACUACGCCAUCUUCAACAGAGCCCAGAACAUGGUGGGUCUGGCCAAGGCUACAUAA